GGCGUGUGCGUGAGGUGCAACUAGAGGACGGUCAACUACAUCAGCUGCUGUUGAACGUUCUGUGCUUACAUUCCGGUAGAAGUUCAUCAGAAGAAGGGGAGGAAGACUCAGGCUUUCGUCGUUAACGUUGUUUUUACUUGGCGAUUUAGAAGCCAUUAAAUUAUUAACCAUGAAGUUACUGUGGGCUCUUAGUGCCCUGCUGUUGAGCUGUUGGCGAGCCAGUGCCUCUACAGCGGGUUUUAUCAAGUCUCCCCUGUCUCGGAUGAAGUUAAUCGAUGACAGUGCAGAGCUGCAUUGUGAAGUGAUAGGAAACCCUAUUCCUGAGGUGCAGUGGUGGUUUAUAGAGGGCGAAGAGUCCAACGAGACCUCCACACAGCUUUUUGAUGGGGCACGGGAUGACCAUGUGCACAUAAAUGCCACAUAUAUUUCACAUGCUACUAGCACCAUUCACCUCACUAGCCUCACCCUCAAGGACUCAGGCACCUACGAGUGCCGUGCUUCCAACGACCCUGACCGCAAUGAACUGAAGAAGACGCCUAAAAUCAAGUGGAUCCGCUCACAGGCAAACAUUAUUGUGAUUGAAACUCCAAACAUCAUUACUGAACCUUCUGAGGUCGUCAAUCAGACCUCCGCUGUGCUCAACUGCAGUUUGACUGAGUCCACCCUUCCCAUCAAGGGUUCCCACUGGAUAUACAAUGAUGAAGUCAUUGAAACUACCAAGACCACUUCUUCCAGUCCAUAUACAGUCCUUCGUUUGGAGAAGAUCACCCACUCUUCUAGUGGAACGUAUCGGUGUGUGUUCGAGACUGAUCCAGUGGUGCAGAAGACAAUUGAAGUGAAAACUCUUCCCCAUGUCUCUGCCUACAAGCACUCUGAGCACGGCAAUGAGAGGGACAAAGCUGCGUUGAUCUGUGUGAGCCAUGGUCACCCACUCCCCACUGAUUGGACUUGGGUGAAAGAGGGAGAUGAUGGUUCUCAGAUGGCUAUCACCAAUGGCACUAGCGACAAAUACGAGAUCAAGAGCACCCCUGACAAGACCACUCUGACCAUUAAUGACCUGAACAUUCAGAGCGACAUCGGAAACUAUAUCUGCUCGGGGACCAAUGACAUCGGCACAAACUUCAACAAGAUCCACCUGCGUGUUCGCAGCCGCUUGGCUGCCCUGUGGCCAUUCCUCGGUAUCGUGGCUGAAGUCAUCAUUCUGGUGACUAUCAUCUUCAUCUACGAGAAGAGGAGAAAGCCUGAUGAGAUCAAUGACGAUGACGACUCAGGAUCUGCUCCUCUGAAGAGCAAUUCUAAUGCAAACCACAAAGACAAGAACGUGAGGCAAAGGAACUCCAACUAGACACUGGAAGAGGUGGAUGUCUAGAUGCCAGUCUAGGAUUCAUCUGUGUGGCACAUAAUACUGUGCACCCUGCAAUUUUAAAUACCUUUUUUGUGCUUGGGUGUUAAUGUUUUAAAGAAUCUGAUGGAAAAAAAAAAUUCCUCUUGCUUUGUUUUCUUCUAUAAUCUUCUCCACAUUGUGCAGCCAGAGGACAUAGUGUGAAUUUCUUUCAGCUUGAGGCCAUGGGGCAAAUAUUGCAUGAGUUUAACUGAUGUUCUUGCAAAAUGUGUGUUCGUUGUGAAAUCAUUAGAAUGUUCAUGUGGGGAAUGCAUAAGUUUUUAUGAUUUUUUUUUUUUUUUGUUUUGUUUUUUUUUUUCCCUGUCAAUGCUGAUGCGUCCUACACUGACCUCACACCUGUUAGACUUUGCUUUAAUAUUCUUAAAUCUGGCACGGCUACUUGUAAAGCAGCACAAGUCAGUCUUUACAGGAUCUGAAGCCUUUUUCAGUCCUGAUACAUCACUGCCAUUCUGAAGCGACGAGUGCAUUUUAAUCACACGUCUUGAUCUGUUCCUACACCUACACAGACCUACAUCAGCAGAGUUUUCUACUUGGCCUUAUCUGCACCAUUUCUCUUGUCUGUUUUUUUUUUUUUUUUUCCAUUUUGUUACCUGUUAACGCCAUUUUGUCACUAAUUUUGAAUGCACAAAUGGCUGAAGAUAGAUGUCUGCAACGUUUUUUUGCCAUAAGAAAUAACCUGUUUUAGGAGCUAAGCAGUAUUUUCUUUUGCUCUGUGAAUCAUGCUUUUAUUUCCUUUUUUAAAUCAUGUUUUUCUUGUCACUUUCUCAGCUCCGCUCUUGUUAAGGACCAAGUGCAAAAGACAUAAAUCUUUUGCCUUUGUUGAAGGCAAUCUAAAUACUACGCACUGAUGUUAAAAUCUAAGGCUACACUUUAACUUAAGAAGGUUAAUGUUAUUUUUCUUGAUCACCUAAUGGUCUGAGAUACAACAUUUGUGUGUGAUUGUUGGAGCUUUGUCUCUGUACACUGUGUAGAUGAUUCAGAAGCCAUAUGUUCCAUUUAACCUGAGUAGUGUUGUGAUUGGAUGUUACCAUUACAGAGUUACAUGAAUAAAAAGACCUGACCAGAUUUGUGUAAAUUGUUGUAUCUUCCAAAAGGACCCUGGAAAACCAUCAGUUGUACAACUUGCACAAACUGAAUAAAGGUAUUGGAUUUUA